AUGGUUUCAAUGAAACCGACCACCUUGUUUCUAGUGUCUCUGAAAGGACUGAUCAUUAUCAAAAACAAGAGGAAUGUGGAAGCUAUAGUUGACCACCUCGGGGCACUGUGGACCACUGACUCUCUUACUCCAUCUCAAAGAGAGAGAAAAACGAGUUUCUUAAAACGUCUGAAUGUUGUACGAACAGGCUUUUACUGGUCCUGCUUAGGUGCCAGUUGGCAGAACCUCGUGACGCCCCUCUUCCUCACAGCUCUCCAGCACGAAGGGGAGGAGCUUCAGCUGCCCUUCGGUUAUGUGCUGCCGUUCCAACUGAAUCUUUGGACAUACUUAACAGUAUAUAUCUUUCAGUGCUAUACAAUGCUACGUCUCGUCUACAUUUAUCUUGGCACGGAGUUAUUGAAGAUAGUUCUAUGUGCAUACCUCAGCAUAGAGUUCAUGCUACUACAAGAAGAAUUUAAGUGUGUAUCCCAAGAAAGCAGCCCAGAAAAAUGUAGUCGCGAUGCAACGCUCAUGGCUAGUAACCUGACGGCUGUUUCCGGUAUACUGUUUCCGAUUUAUAUUUAUUGCUACUACAGCGCCGUGCUGGGAGAAGAGAGCUCCGGCGUCGCAGAUGCCGUGUACGAGGAUUUAUGGUACCAGGGCGACAUGGAUUACCAGAAAACAAUCUGUUUUAUCAUUGCGAGAUCUCAAUACCCUUGCUAUUUGAAGGCUCUGAAAAGUGUGCCGUUGACUGUACUUACGUUUACAAGGGUGGUCAGCACAACAUGGUCGUACCUAUCAUUAGCAAUCAGCUUAUACUCAGAAUAAAUGUGUCAGUGUAGCAGUA